CCCCAGACACACACACACAGACGCGCGCGCGCACACACACGUCAACUACAAGAACGUAGUAAGAGAAAUUUUUUCAAAAUAAAAGUAGGAAAUCAACACAACCUGAGAGGAUGUUUAAUCUCAUGCCGUCUCGUACAAUAUUACACAUUGUCAAUCUUACUUUUACACUGUGCAAUAUUACCAUUCUGUACAUUCUGCUGCUUUUAAUAUACUUACUGUUUUUUAUUUUUAUUUUAAUGUAUGGGUCAUUCCAGAAUUGGGGACAUUUGGGCUUAAAACAAAUCCUGUCUUUUUUCAGUUUUCUGCUACAUAUUCAUCAAUAAUAGGUAAACUAUUAAAGGCUUGAUUGACUCACACUUACACACACAUCAAUGGUACCAUUUUCAUUCCAUAUUUUAUUUGAUGUUUUCUACCCCUACUCUAGUCACAGUAACACGGUUGCUAAUCCAUGCUAAUGUUAGGUUUUUCUCAGGAGUAGAAGCUAGAUAUUUAGCUAGCUGUUACUGCUGACCAAUAGGACAAACUUACUGAUGGGAAAAAGUAAAGAAAAAAACGAAAAAGAAUUUGUCUUGUCCUGAUAGCAUAAGAUAGAGUGAGACAUUCAAUCAAGAAUAAUAAUGUUAUGAAAAUAUGAAAAAUAGAAGAGAGGAAAUCACUUUGCUCUAACCAUUCUUUUGGAAAGCUGUUUGAUGAUGUUAAUUCCAGGGUUUAAUGUGAUUCAGUGUUUUCUUCUUCUACCAGCUAAAAAGGUUUUUGCUGACAGGGUUGUUGUGGGACACGUUCCUUGCAUAAUAAUUAUUUAAAAUAUUAAGUUGUUAAAAAUGUUUUCCCACACCUUACAGAGACAUUAAUGAAAAAAUAAUACAAGAAAAAGGAGAUUUUGGUUUCAUUUUUACUGUUUUAUUUGAGAUUCAGUUUGGUCUUCAGGGGGUGGGGCAAGAGAAAAUGGUAUUUUGGGGGUAAUCCAGGCUUAUUCGGUAUUUUAAAGAUAUUUUCAAACAUUCUUUUCUCCUAAUGUCUUUUAGAUUUUGCCUUAAGACGAGUACAUUUACACAACAACUGCAUGUUUUAGCAUUUAGUACAUAGAUUAUUAGAAAUUUGAUAGGUAAGAUGUAGAAUCUUAUUGCUGUACCUGCCAAACAUCCAAUCCGGCCCACUUUUCAAAGUGUGAAAAUUACAGAGAAGACAUUAACUGCAAAUUGUUAAUUUGUAAAACUAAAUUUAAAAUAAAUUCUAGACCUCAACAAGUUGUGUUGAUCUUAAGUAAAAUACUAUAUUGUCCAUUGUUCUUUUGUCAUUUUGUGUCUACAUUGUGGCUCAUUUUUGAAUUAUUUUGUCUUGUUUUUUAUUUUUUGUCUUGCUUUUGUCUAUUUUGUCAUUUUGCUUCUCAUUUUUGUCAUUUUUUUGAUUUUUUGUCUCGCUUUUGUCAUUUGUCCAUUUUUUUAUCAUUUGUUUCUCGCUUUUGUGAUUUUUUUUGUCUCAUUUUUAAAAUAUUUUGUCAUAUUUUUGUUGUUUUUCAUUUUUUUUGUUUGACCUUUGUCAUUUAUGUCAUAAAGUAAAAUACUAUAUUGUUCAGUUCCAGAUACCUGUGACUAAGUUCCAUGCCUUUGUAUAUACACUGUGAUCUGUUGUAAUGUGUAAAUGAUAAACUAAGGCAUAAUGUUGUUAGAAUUUAACUUACUUUCUUAAGAUAUUUCAGGUUGUUCAUCAUGUUUUGUAAAAACAUAGUUCAUCAACUGUAAAAAAAAUAUUUAGAAUGUACCUUUUUUGUACUUGAACAAAGUGGAAAUAUUUGGAUUUGUGGUCAUUUAUAGGUUAUUAAGCUGUGAUUUUACUGGUCCAGCCCACUUGAGAUAAAUUUGCCAUCUCCGACACUUUUAUGGACACUACUGCUUCUACUACAUCCACUGCAACCAUUCAUACUGUUACUGGCAGCAGGCCUUUCACCCACCCACCUUUUUUGUGUUUUUUCUUUCUAUUACUCGUUUUUAAUGUGCCCCUCUUUGCUCAUCUAAUUGCCCUUCAGGGAUAAAUAAAGUUACACCAUUUAGUGUUAAAAUGCUUUAGUUUAUAAAGUAACUUUCCUGUUAAACUCAACACAUUUGAAGACCUCAUAUUGUGGCUUUCCAGCAAAAUAUUGCAAGUCCCCCAUGUCCUUAGAAUUUGUCUUCAAUUGUUCAGCUCAAAAUAGGACAUAGGUUAUUCAUUUCAGUAUGACUGUACAAUCCCUGGUCUUAAAUCAAAAUCAAAAUGUACUUUAUUAAUCCCAAAUCAAACUGAGGUAUCCAGCAGCACAUUACACUGCAAAUAUACAGUACGGCACAGUAGGGUAUAAAAACUGUAUAAAAUAUAGUAGAACAGUCUGCUAAACAUAGACCAAGCCCAAGCUCUUCAACUCUCCCCGGUUGAGGGGGACGAGUUGAAGAGCUUGGACUUUGCAUGGCUCUGGGGACAAAGGACUUUCCGAGUCAGUCUGUGGAGCAUUUUAGCGACUGUAGCCUGAACGUGCUCCUUUGUCCAUCCAAAGUGCUGUAUAGGGGAUGGUUGGGGUUUAUGUAUGAUGCACAACAGCUGGUCGAGAGAACAUCGUUCAGCUACCAUGACCACAGUGUCCAGCUCCCUCCCCACAACUUUUCUAGCCUUGUUGAUCAGCUUGUCGAGUCUGUUCCUGUCCCUGGCUUUUACACCCCCCGCCCCACACACACACAGUACAGCAUAGCAGAUUAUACUUGAGACAGACUGGUAAAACAAGUUAAAUUGUUCACUGCAGACGUUGAAGGACCUCAGCCUGCAUAGCAGGUACAGCACAUUCGUAUUUGCAGACCAGUCUGGUUUGUCAUCCAGGUGUAAACCAAGGUACCUGUAGGUAGGAACCUUCUCUGCGUCACAGGUACCAUUGUGGACCAAUUGAUCCAUGUUAUAAAUGGGCACUUUCAGUUUCACUGUCUGCGGCUUAGAAUACAGUUAUGGUAAAUGAGCCUCACUUAGAUAACCUUGGCUCAGUUCUGUAAAGUGUUUUACAGUGUUUCUCAUUGACCCGAUCACACUCGCAGAGGAGCAGCCAUUCAAGGUGCUCACCUACCAUUGGGAGUAACUUGGGAUUUAGUGUCUAGCCUAAAGACUCUGCAGCACAUGAAUGGGGUUGGGAUUGAACCAGCAACCUCACAUUUAGUGUCUGCAUCUCUAGUGUGUGUAUCAGAAUAUGACUGAAAUAAAGAGGAAGUGCUCAACUACCUAACAGACAACCCACUCUGAGUCAUGGCCAAGUUAUGCAGUCGUACAACAGAAAACAUUGGGCUGAGUGUGUGACUCCAGGACUUUCUGUUGCUUCCGUGUCGAUCAUUUGACAUGGAAAAAAAAUCACAGAAUUCAUAGCACCACUUGGUAAAUAGUUGUGAAGUGACUGCAAGUUCACAUGUCCCAGUAGACAGCAAUUCAUUCAUUAUUUCAUACUUGUUUUGUUUGACAGAAACAGACAGAACAACCUCUUUGAAUUUAUUUGAGCUAUACAAUUUCACCUACUCGGCCUGACCUGUGACAAUAUGAUCAAAGCUAGUAGUAAGAAUAAACCACAUUACUCAGAGAAUGGGCUAACACUUCCUGUUGUUGUGUGGACACUGGUAUUAAAAAAAAGAACAGAGAUACAAACUGACUGUUGCUUGUUCACAGUCCAGCACUAAGUUGUGAAUGAGGUCUAUUUUAUGGCCCAGGGAGUAGGUGAUUGAACCACUUCCACCUGCUUGCUCCAGUACAGCUGAUUGCUGAUGUCAGACACCUGCCGCCUCCUGCUCAGCUGCACCUGCUGAUUAGACUUAGGGAGAGGAGGGGGAGAGCACUGCAGCUAUCAGGAGCCCGAGGCUGCGGGUGUGACAAAGAGUAGCAAUGGCCUGAAGCAUAAUGCAAAACAUGACCAAGUUAGGGACAAGUAAACUUCCUUCAUCCCUCAAGGUCAGACUACUGAGAUCAACAGCCUUUGCAGUGGCAUCAUAUGACUCCAAAUCCUGGACUUUUGAAGUUAAUAGAUAAAAAGAGAUUGGAUUCUUUUGAAAUGUGGUGCUAAUGCAGGAUCCUGAGGACACCAUGGACAGACAAGAGAACAAAUGCAUCUGUACUCAAGGAGCUUGGAGUCGAAAAAACACUGUUGGCUAACAUCAUCGCAAGGCUACUUUGUUCAUGCUACUAGACAUCACUGCCUUGAGAAACAAUCAUUCAAGGAAUGGCUAACAGAAAGAGAAAGAGAGGUGGACCGCAGCAAGUUAGCUUGACAACAUCAGAGAUCACAGGAACUGGAAUUGCAGAGGCUACGAGAGCUGCUGCUGACUGUAGACGCUCUCUCAUUCGAACCACACCGGCAUUUACUUAUGCCACUUGACUUUAGAGAGAGAGAGACAUUUAAAUCGAGAAUAAUAUAAUUAUAGAAAUUCAUGAAUUAACCACCAAAAAUUAAUUAAAUUAUAUCCUCAAGACCACUUUAGUGUGGGGAAAACUACGUGAUUAAUCUUAUCUGCUAAUAAAAAUGUAAAGUUAUAACUGAUUACAAACCAUCAAACAAUCGCUGCAACCCAAAAUUAUUAUAAUUUCAAAAUAUGACAAGAUGAAAAGCAAUGUAGCCGCAAGGGGACACAAGCCAGUGUCUUAUUGUGCUGGGCCAAAGCCCGGAUAAAUACAGAAGGUUGUGUCAAGAAGGGCAUCCGACGUAAAACUUUGGCCAAAUCAAACAUGCGAAUCAAAUGUAUGACUUCCAUACCGGAUCGGUCGAGGCCCGGGUUAACAACGACCGCCAUCGGUGCUGUCGACCUACAGGGUGCCGGUGGAAAAUGGACGACUGUUGGUCGAAGAAGGAGGGGAGGAAGGUGUGUUUGUAGGAAGAGAGAGAAGAGGAACACCAAGAGUCUAGGACUGAGAGUAGGGACUUUGAAUGUUGGAACUAUGACAGGAAAAGAUAGAGAGCUGGUUGACAUGAUGCAGAGGAGGAAGGUGGACAUACUGUGUGUCCAGGAGACCAGGUGGAAAGGUAGUAAAGCUAGAAGUUUAGGAGCAGGAUUCAAGUUGUUCUAUCAUGGUGUAGAUAGGAAGAGAAAUGGAGUAGGAGUUAUCUUGAAGGAGGAGUUUGUUUGGAAUGUCCUGGAGGUAAAAAGAGUUUCAGAUCGAGCGAUGAGCCUGAAGCUAGAAAUCGAAGGUGUGAUGUUCAAUGUUGUUAGUGGGUAUGCUCCACAGGUAGGAUGUGAGCGGGAGGAGAAGGAGAAAUUCGGGUUGGACCUUGAUGAAGUGAUGCAGAGCAUCCCUAGAAGUGAGAGAGUUGUCAUUGGUGCAGACUUCAAUGGACAUGUUGGUGCAGGAAACAGAGAUGAUGUAGCUUCUUUGUACUUUUCCCCUGAAGGGAAACCCCAAAAGGAAAAGCAGCUUCCUCAGAAACAGUCUCUGGCUAAAUCCUUGUGUCAGGAAACCCACUGGAAAUGCCUGCUACUGUCCCUGCUGAUGUACGGCUGUGUCGGGGUGACGGCCUGGUGUCAGGUGACCAAGGUCACACACCUCUCCUUCAACAGUGCUUACAAAGGGAAGUCUAUGAUGUACCACGACAGUCCCUGCUCCAACGGCUUCAUCUACAUUCCUCUGGCCUUCCUGGUAAUGCUCUACGUGGUAUAUCUGGUGGAGUGCUGGCACUGCUACACCAGGAACGAGAUGCAGUACAAGGUGGAUGUGGACAACGUGGCAGAGUGCCUACAGCGUAUGCAGCAGGCUACGCCCUGCAUCUGGUGGAAGGCCAUCAGCUAUCAUUAUGUCAGGAGGACACGGCAGGUGACCCGUUACCGCAAUGGAGAUGCCUACACUACGACACAGGUUUACCAUGAGAGAGUGAAUACCCAUGUAGCUGAGGCGGAGUUUGACUAUGGGAACUGUGGGGUUAAGGACAUCUCAAAGCACCUGCUGGGCCUGGAGAGCUUCCCCAUCACUAGGCUGAGGUUCACCAAGUGCUUUAGCUUUGCCAAUGUGGAGUCAGAAAACUCCUACCUGACCCAGCGAGCCAGGUUCUUUACUGAAAAUGAGGGCCUGGAUGAUUACAUGGAGGCCCGAGAGGGGAUGCACCUAAAGAAUGUAGACUUUAAGGAGCAUAUGAUUGCCUUUCCUGACCCCCACCGACUCCCUUGGUAUGCUUCCAACUCCACUUUUUGGGUAGCAGCUGCUUUCACCCUCUCCUGGCCUCUGCGGGUGCUGACAGAGUACCACACUGCCUGUGUGCACUACCAUGUGGAGAAGCUGUUUGGCUUUGACUAUGUGCCAGUAACGCCAUCUGAAGAGCGGUCAUAUUGCAGACGCAUCCCAAGAGUCAAUACAGUUGACAGCACGGAGCUAGAGUGGCACAUCCGCUCCAACCAGCAGCUGGUGCCCAGCUACUCGGAAGCAGUUCUCAUGGACCUGAACCAGCUCACAGGGAGGUGUAACAGCUACUCCGUAUGUGGAAGCUAUGGUAGCUACAGGCAGAACUGUGAACGCUGCCACCGUGCCAUCAGCAGCUCCUCCAUUUUCUCUCGCAGCGCCCUGAACAUCUGCAACACGGGGAGCCCUCGCAUUCCCUUCAGCGCCAGUCGCUUUUCAUUGGGUCGGCUGUAUGGCUCCAGGCGAAGCUGCCUGUGGAGGAGUAACAGGAGCCUGAAUGAGCAGUCCUACCAGACAGAAAGUACACUCUGUCUAUCAGGCCAGCAGACCAGUGAGGACAACCCCCCAGCAUAUCAGGAUGCUCUGUACUUCCCAGUCCUUAUUGUACAUCGCAAUGAAGGCUGCCUCAACCAUGACCACCGCUCUUUGCACAGAAAUGGCUCCUGUAUAGAAACAUCACUAUGAUUCACAGCUGCCACACUUAUCUAAGUAUGGAAUACGAUGACACAAGAGAAGGCAGAGAAACCUCAUGGACCCUGGGCUGGGAUAACAUGGAGUCUCGAUUCUCUGUUUCACAAGAGGUAUAACCAAGGAUUCAUUCUGAUUUUUAAAGAAACUGUAGCCUCAAAUAACAACAAGGACAAAACACAAUAUGCCUGGCAAUUUGUCAUGGUAUAUUCAAUAUGUCAGGGAAAAAGAGACUCGAUGAGACUGUUGUUCAAAAUACGAUGUGGCUUUAAAAGAUCAUGCUCCCAAAGUGUCACAUGCAGCCCUGAAGCGUCUGAAGAGAUGAAUAUCCAUGGAAUAGCAAAGGAAGUCAUGUCCCACUGUAGAUGCUGUAUUUCAAGAACUUAGUCACAGACAAUUUGCAAAGAUAUGAGUAACAUUUUCUAGAAUUUUAAGCUCAAAAGUCUGGAGACAUACACAUCAUUUGAUCAUGUGAGUUUAGUGAAUCACUAGGGGCAAUGCAAAGAUAAAAAAAUAGAACACAUGCCUUAUGGCACUUACAAAAUGAAGCUGCCAUAGACCAGAAUAUAAGAUCUAAACAUCUACAUGUAAUAAAUUUACAUACUGGCCAAAUUAAAUAUGUUUACUUAAAGUCAGAACUCAAAGAAAUUCAUUCAAAAUUUAAUUUCCAUAAAGUAAAAGUAAAUGUCUUGGUGCAGAUCAACUAUCCAGUCAGCGGAAAUUGCCUUGUUUGCAAUGACAUUAUACUCCCUGGCUUGCCAAAUAUAGCACAGGAGGAGCAUGAAUAAUUUAGUGCAGCAGAACUAAAGGACACGAGAACUUAAAACCAAAUCAUUAACACUUCUUCAGACUGUUUCAACUGUACAUUUCCAAUAGUGGCCAACUCCUUAGUAAUAAAUCUCACUGUAAUAUUAAUAGAGCAGUGUCAUCUAGUUUAAAAUCUUUAAGAUCCAUUUAAUUUGACAUUUGGCAAUAUUUUUUAUUCAACCUACCUCUUUAUUUAAGUGCCUAACAUCAACUGUAACUGAGAACCAUAUCCUAUCACAGCCUCAAUCUUCCCAACUCAACAUCUUACAAUUAAAAACAAGCAGAACGGCAACACAGAGUAUAUAAUGUAUGAAGAAAAAAUAUUUGUAGUACCUGAUCUCAUAAUUGUUUAAAAACCCAAGUUUUAAAAAUUCCUGUCCAAAUGUUUUUUUAGAUGAUUUUACUCAUAAUGUGACAUCAGUCUUUUACAGCCAGCUCUGUGCUGCUGCUGCUGCUGAUGCUGCUGCUGCUGAUGCAAAUCAAAGAGACAGCCAGAGAGCCAGCCAUGAAAAACACUAGAAAUAGGCCUGGAUUCAGAUUUGUCAAAUUUAAUAAUAUGACAUGAUUACAUUAAAGAAACUCAAAAAUACUUCCUACUUGAGUGCAUGCGGUCUGUUUUGGUAGAUUUAGUUUUACAGUCAGGGCAUACACAAUAAUUGGUGCAAUGUUUAAUGCAAACACUGCUGAAAAGCAGGCAGAGACAUAAAAUAUAUUCAGAAGCAUGAAAUUAGUUAUUUUGGAGUGCAAGGAAAAAUGAACAAGGAUGGUUGACAGACCAUUUUCUGCCAAUACGACCAUUAGAAUCAUUGAACACAAUGAAUCCUACCUGUGCUCAGACAUUUUGUGUCAUGAUGCCAGGUGUGGUCUUAAGCAGUGGACUAUCUUAGUAGCAAUACUGAAUAGGCUGCAAAUAGUUAAAGGAAGUAAAACGUGUCAAAAAGCAAACAAUGUCAUUAAAAAAAAACACAGAUUUUAUGAAAGCAUACAUUUUAUUAGGUUUAGAAUAAGAUCAGUUAUCACCGUUUUUCACAACUCAAAGUCGUCUAUGCAAGCCCCCAAAUGCAGAAUAGUUUUCACUUACCUGAGGGUUGUACUAUAAAGUGACAUUAGUGGGUUAGCGAGGUAUAUUUAGUCUGAAGUCAGAGUUUUCAGUGUCACGAAGGUAGCCAUCUCUUAAGCUGGUUAGAUCUCCAUGGUAACUGAUGCUGUGGAGCUAACCUGGUCUGAAGCAGGUUGUCUUCAGGGUUUAAAUCAGCUGUAAGAAGCCUUUACCAAAACGUUUCCUGAUGAUUCUUCAUGAGCGAUACAGUUUAUCAGCUGAGACAAUAUGUUCUCUGUUAAGCUGUACCUUAUAAAAACCACUGAAUGAAGCCGUGUAGUUACGCUGUAUACAUCGUGCAGCUGGUGAUGCAGAAAUCACAUAAACAUGUUUUUAGUUUUGGUCCUGAUUUGCUGCCAAGUUCACGUACUACAGCUAAUGGAACACAAAUUAGAAAAUGAAUUGGUCCAUUAGCAUUUAUUACAAACAAUCUUCAAUCAUUAACAUUAAUUUCACAUUGAUUUGGCCAAAAGUUAAAGUAAUAUUCUGUACUAUGGGACUGUGUCAGAUUGAAAUGCACUUGAAUAAAAUGUGCAUAAAUACAGGAAGUCGCUGCUACUGCUCUCUAUUAAAACAACCUGUUGACUGAAGCGGCUGCACAUGAUCAUUUCAGUUUGUGCAGGAGAAGAGUCACAUGACCCGUUAAACAUCCCCUUUUAUGUGAAUGUGCAAAGAGUCUUAAGCAGUAAGCCUAAACCCUAACCCUAUCUGUAAAUCUAAGUUUUUGUGACGUCUUUGCUUCAUGUCUGUAUUUAUGAAAAUACAUACAGUUGACUAACUCCUUUCUCUUUAAAAUGUCAGUGAUGUAGUCUUUAAAAUAUGCAUUUUUGUCACAAAGAACUACCGUGCAUUUUGGUUUCUUCAGGUUUUCUGGAAAUAUACAUACCGCGAUGCUAAUAUCUGGUUAAAUGCCCCUUGGCCAUUUUCACCUUAUAUUUGUGCUUUUGGUUGUUGUCCACAACCUUCUGGCUAGCUUCUUGUUGGUAUUUUUGACUACACUUCUUGACAGAAUUAGUAUAGCUUAACUAAAUUUGCUGGCUUUUUGACACUGACUUGUUUCUUCAUCACAGUCCACAGGUUCUCGAUGGGGUUUUAAUCAAUAAUUGAAGAGGGACAGGUUCAUUCUAGCCUGGUGUAGCCAUUUCUCACCAGUAUUUUUGAUGUAUAUUUUGGGUCCUGGUCUUGUUGGCAGACCCAACUGAGUCCAAGACCCAGAAUUCUGGCCAACAAUUUUUAGGUUUUUCUUGAAGAACGUGGAGGUAAUCUUUAGCUUAAUCCUCUUUGUCACCAGUGGGACACACGACAUGGAACAUCUGCCUCAAUCUGGUUCUGUCUUUGCCUUCAUAUUGUGCCUUGCCCCAUGUCAGGCCCAUCUCCUUUAGCUCUGUUUUAACAGUUUGUCACCAGGUUUGUUUGUUUGUUUUUUUGAUACAGCCUGCUUUGUGUUUACCAGGUGCUGUCCAUCUCAAAGCUGUCAUGGGUAUACAGUUCUGGUCCAUUCAAUAGACAUGUCCAACCAUCACAAACAUCAACACCACUGACUGGCUCUUUGCCUUUCUGUACAGAUCCUGAUUUUAAAUGCUUUCAGACCAGAAUAUGUGACAGAUCUUUAAGGGACCUAUUGUAGAAGGCAUCAGUCUUGGUUAUAUUGUCGUUUAUCACACGCCACCACUAUGAGCCAUACAAAAGGACAGACCUGACAUUGUUGUUACACUGUAUAGUCUGACCUUCAUUCUCAGGCUAUACUGCUUUGACUUCCAGAAGGGCUAAAACCUUGCAAAUGCAUUGCAUACUUUCCUGAGCUUUGCUCUGAUAUUUCUUUGUGCUGAAUUGUCCUUGCUGACAAAACUCCCAGCUUUAAAGAGAGAGCAGCUGGGUCAUCAGUAAAAUCUAACUCUCCAAGUUGGGAAAGUCCGGCUGCCUCUAGGUCUGUCAGCUUCUGCAUGACCCAGUUAGUGGCAAGCUGGAAGAGAAUGGGAAAGGCGAUACAACCCAGGUGUACACUGGACUCUACACUGAUGAAUCAUACUUCUUCUUUAGUCCAUUUACUAAACAUCCCCAGUCCUAAUACUACCACCACAAUGCUUGACAGUAGGUUUGGUGUUCUUGCUGUUAAAGGUUUGACCUUCUCUAUUCCAAACAUAAUUCUUAUGAUUUUGGUAAAUAGCUAAAUUUUUGUUUGGUCUGACCACAGCAGUUUCCUCCUGAAGGCCUUUUCUUUGUCAAUGUAAUGAAGAACAAACUUUAGUGGAGCCUUAAGGUGACACUUAUGGGGUAAAGAUUCUUGCAUAGCAGCCUCUCAGUCCAUGGAGAUGUAAAACAUGCUUGACUCUGUUUGCACAGAUGAUUUGGGAUCUGCAGCAGCUUUGAAAUGAUUUGCUUUUUCAGAUCUAUGCUGAGCUUGCUGGACUUUCCUUUUGUAGCGUUUGUGGCUGAGUUUGCUGAGUGUAUCACACUGGCCCUAUAUAAACUGGAUCAGAGGAGCAACAGCUGUAGUCAGUCACAAUCACUCACAACAAGUUGAGAGGCUGUGACACAAAGAAAAAUAGAUUAACACAGCUUUCUACACACGUGGACAAAAUUGUUGGUACCUCUCAGUUAAAGAAGGAAAAACCCACAAUUCUCACUGAAAUCACUUGAAACUCACAAAAGUAACAAUAAAUAAAAAUUUAUUGAAAAUUAAAUAAUCAAAAACAGCCAUUACUUUUGAAUUGUUGAUUAACAUAAUUAUUUAAAAAAACAAACUAAUGAAACAGGCCUGGACAAAAAUGAUGGUACCUCUAUAAAAGAUUGAAAACUAUUUGACCAGAGUGACAUGAUUAACUCAGGUGUGUCAUUUAAUUGACAUCACAGGUGUUUCCAAACUCAUAAUCAGUCAGUCUGCCUAUUUAAAGGGAGACAAGUCGUCACCCUGCUGUUUGGUGAAAAGGUGUGUACCACACUGAACAUGGACAACAGAAAGCGAAGGAGAGAAUUGUCCCAGAACAUCCGAAAAAAAAUGAUAGACAAACAUCUUAAAGGUAAAGGCUAUAAGACCAUCUCUAAACAGCUUGAAGUUCCUGUGACAACAGUGGCUCAUAUUAUUCAGAAGUUCAAGACCCACGGGACAGUAGCCAACCUCCCUGGACGUGGCCGCAAGAGGAAAAUUGAUGACAAAUUGAAGAGACGGAUCGUUCGAAUUGUAUCCAAAGAGCCCAGAGCAACCUCCAAAGAAAUUAAAGGUGAACUCCAAGGCCAAGGUACAUCAGUGUCAGAUCGCACCAUUCGUCGUUGUUUGAGCCAAAGUGGACUUCAUGGGAGACGACCAAGGAGGACACCACUGCUGAAAAAAACUCAUAAAAAGCCAGACUGGAAUUUGCAAAAAUGCAUGUUGACAAGCCACAAAGCUUCUGGGAGAAUGUCCUUUGGACAGAUGAGACCAAACUGGAGCUUUUUGGUAAGGCACAUCAACUCUAUGUUCAUAGACUCAAAAACCAAGCAUACGAAGAAAAGAACACUGUCCCUACGGUGAAACAUGGAGGAGGCUCAGUAAUGUUUUGGGGCUGCUUUGCUGCAUCUGGCACAGGGUGUCUUGAAAGUGUGCAAGGUACGAUGAAAUCUGAAGACUAUCAAGGCAUUCUGGAGAGAAAUGUGCUGCCUAGUGUCAGAAAGCUUGGUCUCAGUCGCAGGUCAUGGGUCUUCCAACAGGACAACGAUCCAAAACACACAGCCAAAAACACCCAAGAAUGGCUGAGAGAAAAGCGUUGGACUAUUCUAAAGUGGCCUUCUAUGAGCCCAGAUCUGAAUCCCAUUGAACAUAUGUGGAAGGAGCUGAAACAUGCCAUUUGGAGAAGACACCCAUCAAACCUGAGACAACUGGAGCUGUUUGCUCAUGAGGAGUGGGCCAAAAUACCUGUUGACAGCUGCAGAACGCUCAUUGACAAAUACAGAAAUCGUUUAAUUGCAGUGAUUGCCUCAAAAGGUUGUGCAACAAAAUAUUAAGUUAUGGGUACCAUCAUUUUUGUCCAGCCCUAUUUCAUUAGUUUGUUUUUUUUAAUAAUUAUGUUAAUCAACAAUUCAAAAGUGAUGGCUGAUUUUGAUUAUUUAAUUUUCAAUAAAUUUUUAUUUAUUGUUACUUUUGUGAGUUUCAAGUGAUUUCAGUGAGAAUUGUGGGUUUUUCCUUCUUUAACUGAGGGGUACCAACAAUUUUGUCCACGUGUGUACAUCUGCAGUAUGUUUAUUUUUGACCCAGGACAUUCUGUCAUAUUUCCGGAGGAUCUAUAAUAAAUUUCUGAAAGAACCAAAAUCCUUGAGUGCUUCUGGUGACAAGAUGCAUGGGUUUCAUUGAUUAUAUCAUAGAAAUUUAAGAGUUAUAGGAGUCACUGGAAACUCAAGACUGCAAUGAUGUACGUAUACAGGGUCUUUACAAGUGUAUGUAUACUUUGGGUCACAACUGUUUCUUUUCCAAUGUUAGACUGAGAUGGCUCGGACAUGUCCAGAGGAGAGAGAGUGAAUAUAUUGGUAGAAGGAUGCUGAGUUUCCCACUGCCAGGCAGGAGGCCUAGAGGAAGACCAAAGAGGAGGUUUAUGGAUGUGGUUAAAGAGGACAUGAAGGGAGUUGGUGUGAGAGAAGAGGAUGCAGAAGACAGGGUUAGAUGGAGGCAAUUGAUUCGCUGUGGCGACCCCUGAAGGGAAAAGCCAAAAGGAAAAGAAGAAGAAGAAGGGGAAUUUUUGCAUAACUGGCAUUACUUGGACAGACGCUAUUUACCUAAGAUUUGUAAUUGUGCAAAUAAAAGAACAAUACAUUUUUUUUAAAAGAAAGUUUACAUCAUUGUAAUAAAAAACAGCAUUUGAGUCAAGUAGUAUGUAAGAAAGGUCAGCUACAUGUCACAUUACCUCUUCAAUGACUAAUCUAUAUGGUGCAAAUUAAAUCAGUGAUGUGCAAAUCUUCUACAAAUACAAGCAUGCAAACAGUACAAAGGAUUAAAAUGUACUGAAAUUUUUUUUUUUAAACAUUAUUUAACUUGUAGGAGGACACACUGGAUGAGCACAUUAGAUGAGAUUUACUGUGCCACUCUGAAAUCUUCACUUUUUUCUAAUUUAUGAUGAGCCAAAAAGCCUCUCUGGUGGCUUCACUGUGAUAUUCAUACAUAGUAAUGUGUAAGAAUAGAACAAUGUGUUUACCAGUGACAAAAACUAUGUAGGGUAUUGGAAAUUAUUAUAAAUCUGACUAAAAGGGUUAUAAUAUUUGCUCCAUAGACGACUGUUAGAAUAGAGGCUUUUGUCAUGCAAAGCCCUAAACCCUUUAUCAUGUCUGUUAGGUAGAUUGGGUUGUGAGGGUAUGUACUCUUUCACUCAGGAGUUCUUUUUCGGGUCAUCUUUUUAUAUUUAAAUAUCUUUGUGAUUUUUCAAGACUAUAGGGUAGAAACACUUUGCAUUGUAAAUAUAACAGAGAUGAGAGUGUAGAGUGACUGUCAAUGUGAAUCUUGCACUCAGAUGAAUGUGCAUCACACACUCACUUAGAGGUUAAUAGAGCAGGGACAUUUAGAUGUGCAGAUGUUCAGUCGUGAGUUUGUUCUGCUGCAGUGCAAUCUCUAGUAAUAUGCUAAAAGCAACACAGCCCACAGCUUCUUUUAUGCUGUUUUCAAUUUGAUAUUGUGAAUGGGUUUUGUUUCCUUUUAAAAACAUCUUAAAAAUAUUUUUAGCACACCCUUUGUAACUGCAAAUGCUGUCAGAAUAAUCUGACUGAUUAGGAUACUGUACAGCCAAACAUCUACAGUUUUGAGUGACAGCUGAGUCAUUGCUGAUAACUGACCUAAAUAACAUCAGUGCUCUGUUGCAGAUUUUUGUAUUUUUAGCAGAACCUACCUAAAGGAUAGCCUAAUCUUCAUGUUGUUCUAGGGAAUGACUAGGGACUUUGCAAAAUUAAAAAGUGGAUAAACAUGACAUUAAUUACAUUGAAGAUGUUUUUUGUUGCUGAUAAUCAAAUGAGUUACACUAUUAACCAGUAGAUAUAGGUAAAUGUGAAACAAAACAAGUCUGUAUGUAUUCCAUCACCACAAAGCUGCCUUGAUGUUACAUAAGGUCUAAAUACCAAAUAAGUGUAUCAAAGUGGGAAAUAAGAUCAAUAAAUUGAAAUAUUCAGGAAA